AUGGUCUCUCAGGCUCAAGUUCUCGAUCGCUCCUUACCGGCGCAAAGCACACUCUCCUCCACCUCCCGCCAUUCGCAUUCCAGCCGACGACAUCGCUCCAGUCGCUCUCACCAUGGCGGUCUGACCCAUCAACCCCAGAACGAAUUCCCCAUUUUCACUCAUACCGGCGAUGUGGAGAUCGUGAUCCGCGCGGGGGCACAGGAGCAACGCUACCUUCUUCACCGGCUCAUACUGACGCAGUGCUCUGGGUUUUUCGAAGCAAGCACUCGGGAUGGGUGGUCACCGCAAGCCCCCCCUCGGCCAUCCAAUCCAGACCCAGGGGUCCUGUCCAGAAUCAGCGAGGACACCUCUUCGUUGUCUAACGGCUCAACCCUGGCUCAAUCGGAGAGUGGAGGGUCGUCCUGGUCCCUGGAGAAACGGCGCUGGAAAUAUGAGCUCGACUGGGAAAACAAGGCCGAGGAUGAGGAGCCGAUCCUCGUACAAAAGCCGCCGAGCUACUCCAGCGCCUUUGGCUGCGAACCCGGGCAAUACCCUCCGUCGGUGACGAAACCAUCGAACACGCAGACGGGCUUCGUUCGAUCGAUGGCCAAUCUGGCCGGGAUGCAGUCGGCCGUGAUUCUACCGCACAGGAACAGCUCUUCCAACCCGCCAGUGGACCCCAUCAUCCGGGACUACGACAACCUGUUCCGGAUGUUCUACAACUACCCGCCGACGAUCAACAGCGUCAACAUCGCGACCGCCUACUCCGAGUGCCGUGCGCUGCUCUCCCUGGCGGACAUGUACGAUGCGCUUCCGGUCACCGGACCACGGGUGGACCAUCAUCUGCUGGGCUUCGGAUCGCGGCUCUUCAAGCAGAUCGCCAAGUACCCUCCCAGCUAUCUCAAGCUGGGCUACAUGGCGCGGAGUCGCGUCAUCUUCUCUGAGGCACUGAUCCACGUCGUCGGCCAGUGGCCGGCUGCUGUGCCGCACCUGCGCAACGGCAGCUACUCGCCGCUCCCGAAUGCGGUCCUGGACAUCAUCGAAGACAAGGUCGAAGACCUCGAAGACCUGAAGGCGCGCAUCGACUCCAAGCUGCUCCGACUCACCCUGACCACCUCGCGCGGCGAGCGCGUCAGUCCGACCAACGCCUACCUCGACUGGCUGGCCGUUUCCCUGUUUCGACAGUGGUUCGUCGACAGCACCACUCCGCCCCCGCCGCCCAUCCUCAAAAACACCUCGACGAACCCGAGCAGCCAUCACCACAGUCACAGCCACAGUCACAGCCAUGGUAGCCACCACCGAUCCACCGCCAACCUCCCCUCGUCAUCCCCCUCGUCCACCUCCCCGCCAUACUCCCCCGCGCGCGUCUACCGCCUCAUCGGCUCCCCCUCCACCCAAGCCUACCUGCCGCACGACGACCUCAAGCGCUUCCUCAAAGUCCACCCCACCCCCUCUGCAGAAGCCCUUUACAGCCGCGACGUGAUGAAACGGUUUGAGCGGAAGAUGGACGAAAUCAAACGGCUGGCCCGCGAGAUCGUCAAGCCCCUGAUGCGGAACUUUCUGGAGUUGGACCUGAAAGACAGCGGCAGUACUGGCCAUAGCAGUGAGGGCGGCGGACUACCAUACCUGACCUGCACCAAGGUCGAAGACGAGGAUAUUCCAUGGGAGUGA